AUGGAUCAUUUCGAUUAUAAACCAUAUGAAUUUUUUGAAUCGAAUGAGUCAUUAAAUUAUGGUAUUAUGAUAUUGAAUUUUUCCUUGGGUAGUCUUCGAAAUUUAUUAACAAAAGAACUAUGGAAAAAAGCAAUUAUACGUGGGUGUGCUGAUGGUGGUUCCAAUAUACUUAAGGCUUAUUCAGAUGAAAUUAAUGACAAAUUUUUACCAGAUUAUAUUAGUGGCGACUUUGAUUCUAUUAAUGAAAACACUUUCGAAUAUUAUAAAUCAAUAUCGAAUAUUGAUUUUAUUGAAACAUCUGAUCAAAAUGCAACAGAUUUUACAAAAUGUGUUCGUGUUAUGAUGAAGAAAAAUUCAACAAUAACAAAUCUCUUAGUUUUCUGCUCAUUAGGCGGUCGAUUUGAUCAUACAGCAAGUAUAAUACAUUCAUUAUAUAUACUCAAUGAUAAUUAUCCUAAUCUACAAAUUUAUUUAAUUACUGAUUAUGAUAUUAGUUUUUUAUUACAUUCAACUAAACUUAAUAGAAUAUCUAUUCAAUCGAAAUAUAAUGGUA